CAGGGACAUUUAAACGUGAAUUGUUCUUACAUGAGUGAAGUUGGGUGUUAAUACACUUUCCCGUAGUUGGCAACUCCGCUAGAAGUGAAGUGUACAUCGUAAUUUGCCUGUUUGAGCUCGCAGUCUGUCUACAGAACAAAGAGAGGCCACUUUAUGCAUUUCAAGUUCGUGUACCAUCGUCGUUCAACUUGGAAAGUGAAAAUGUGUGUCAUGCACAGAUUUUGUGUCGUCUGCUACUGUCUGUGUCUGCUAUGUCCCCAAUACAGAUCGGAUGAGGAUGCCAGCAGGAAUCACUUGUCUAAUUCCACGCAGACGGGGGCUUCGAAAUCACGUGACCAACACGUGAAAAAAGUGAGUCGCCAUCAUAUACACAAACAUGACAACAUUGAAACCUAUGGAAAUAACUCCUUACGAGAGGGUUUGUAUUUUGCGAGAAAAGUAUUCCAAAAGUUUGGGAAAGAGAAUGAACUCACAAUUCUUAGUUUCAAAAGACUUCUUGAUGAUUUGGAAAUAUUUUCAUCAGAACAAAACAAUUCCCAUGUUCACCAUGAUCAUAUCAAUAACAAUGAGAAUCAUGAUCAUAAUGACGUCCAACACAGUAGUGAACCAAAGACAGAACACAAUCAUGAUAUAGUAAAUCACAAACACGAUGAAGAUGCAGAUAAAACUGCAGUGGAUGGUCACGAGCAUCAAGAUCAUUCCGGUAUUUUUCCAGAUGGAUCAACCACCAAUAAAACAGUGCCACAUGAAAGUGAGAGACGUGAUGAUAUUCAAGGGGAAAGGGUGAAAAGAGAUGUGACGGCCCAUCAUGAGGGGGAUCACACGGACUGUCUAGAUUCAAGAAAGCUGCUAGAUAUUUAUCAUUUAGAAAAUAAGAAAAGUUUGAGUUUGGAGCAGUUCCUCCAUAUCUCCCCCGCCGUGAUCUAUCAGCUGGACAACCCUGGUUGCCGGGCCGCUGGCCACCGGGCCACUGGCCACCCUGCACACACCAUGGAGGUGAUCGGCUUCACCGAGAUUCCUGCUGCAGUGUGGGGGUACAGCACCCUGGCCGUGGUCAUCAUCAGUCUGGUUGGCCUCCUUGGUGUGGCCGUCAUCCCAAUCAUGCAGAAAGUCUUUUAUAACCAUAUGUUGCAGUUCCUCAUAGCGCUGGCCGUUGGUACCUUGACUGGGGAUGCUUUGUUGCAUCUUCUUCCUCAUGCAAUUAUUGGACACCGUCUGCAUAACCAUGACAACCACGGCGCUGAAGAAAAUUUUUUGAACAGUGAAGAUAUACAUAAAACCGCAGCAUUUAAGGGAUUGUGUGGUCUUGCAGGGAUGUUGGUUUUUUUUGUGAUGGAAAAGAUCUUAGUAAUAGUCACUGACAUAAAAAGGAAACGAAAACUACACACCAGAAAGACCUUGGCUCCCAAACAAAAAACAGUCUGUAAGGAUGAACCAGAUUAUCAGUCAUGUGAAGAAAUGGUCAUGGUUGUUCAUCCAAACAAGUCUCCGAAGGGCUUUGCUGAUGAAACCCAUCAUAAAGUAUUUCAUACCAGCCAUGACGGUUGUCGACCCAAAGGAGACGAACACUCCCAUUCCAAUCCCAAGAGUGCUGAAGAAGAGGGCAUGCUGUCAUCUCUCCCACAUUCCCACAGCGGCCAUUCACACCACGGACAUUGUGAAAUGUUGAGCAACUCUGUGGCGUCCAUUGCCUGGAUGGUCAUCCUUGGGGACGGCAUCCACAACUUCAGUGACGGCCUGGCUAUCGGAGCUGCCUUCGCUAACAGCAUCACUGGUGGCUUCAGCACUGCCGUCGCUGUCUUUUGUCAUGAACUUCCACACGAGAUCGGGGACUUCGCCGUGUUGUUGAGGGCGGGCAUGUCAGUCAAGCAGGCUGUGGUCUAUAACUGUGUCUCCUCCCUGCUCUGUUUUGUUGGUAUGCUCAUCGGUGUUGCCAUUGGCAACAUUAAUGAAGCUUCAGAAUGGAUUUUCGCAUGUGUUGCAGGAAUGUUCAUAUAUAUUGCUACCGUGGACAUGCUGCCGGAAAUGACAUCCGUGGACACGAAGCAAGGGGAGCACCCGUUCUGUCAUCUCUUCCUGCAGUGCUUCGGGAUGCUUCUCGGGGCAGGAAUAAUGCUCCUCAUCGCCUUCUACGAAGAUGACCUGCUCACUGUUCUGGGUGGCUAGGCAAGAUUGAACUUUGUGAAGGGUUCCAAAUGCAAUGAUUUGAUCAUGUUGUCCAGUGCAACGAUAGGCAAAGAAUAUGUUAUACCUGUUCUAUGAAAAAAACUGCAGCUUAGUUUCGGCGAAAAAUGAUAAUUUUCAUUUAUUUGAUUAUAAUGAUAGCAAUGUUCUCAUUAGCUGAAGUACGAGGUGUUUUGGCUCUUUGUAGUAUGAAUCACGGUUCCCUGUGACUGCAACUCACAUCGGUUCCUCUGUUCUGUCUGUUCUUGCUGUGUACUGGGGAAUCCUGACUUUGGGUUCCUGAAACUGGAUCAGUUUGGUACGCAUAAACACUGUCAAUACAGCAGCAUUGUUGCCAUGGUGGUGACGAUGCUGGUGCAGUGCCAGGGUCAACACAAGCUACUGAAUCGUUGGCCCAUCUGGUCCACAACAUCCUAAAAGUUUUUUUAUUUAACAGAAAUGUAUAACA